CACCACUGCCGCGUACCAAAAUCCCACCGGUUUUAUUGCUCGCCGCACACAGCCGCGUAUAAGAGGCAAAGGGUCCUCGCGGCGCGGCUCCACACGGCUCGGGCACGGGUGAUCUGCUCGUUUUUUUUUUUUACGGGUGUGUUUGUUUCCCUCUGCUUUUCGCGCGCGCGCGCGAGAGAGAGAUGGCGGGACGCGGGCACGCCGCGCUGUGGGUGAAGCUGUACGAGCUUGAGCUGCAGCUCAGGCUCAUGCGCGCCGCGCGCGGGGAGGAGGGCGCGGCGGCUGCGGCGGACGACGACGACGAGGUCGGCGACGUCGCGUCGCGCGCGGGCGCGGAGGGCGCGUGCCGCGGCAGGCAGUACGAUGCCUACAUGCGCCGCCGCGACGCCAGGCGCCACACGACGGGUGGCGUCGCCGCGGCGGCGUCGGAGCGGCAGACGACCCGGCCGCGGGGCGGCGCUCGAGCCGCCGGCGGCGGCGGCGGCGGUAGGUUGAGCCCGCUUGCUCUCAACUGCGCCGCCGCUCAGGUGAAGAGGUCGCCGCCGGGGGUGUCUACUCCGACCACCCCGAGGAAGGAGAGUUCGGCCGUGGUGCUGCCCAGGGCGAGGACGGUGAACACCGGCGCGGCCGCGGCGAAGCCGGCGCACCGGAGGCGGAGCAGCCUCGGGGCGGUGCCGUCCGACUUCGGCGACUGCGUCACGCCGCGGCCGUUCCUCCGGCGCGGCAGCGGCACGGGCGGCGCCACGACGACGACGUCGACGACGCCGCGGCUGCGUGCGCCGCCGACGCCGAGGGUGCACGACGUCCCACCGAUCAGCGACGCGGCCACGGCCAGCCCGAGGCGACCUCCUCCUCCGCGAGACCAGCUCGCGCAGGCGGCGGCGCGUCGCCGCCACCACUCCCGGUCCGUGUCGGAGCUUCCACUCCACCACCACCACACGGCGGCGCUGGACUCCCCGAGGUCGGCGGUGGAGCUGCCAUCGCCGCAGCCGCUACGGGCGAGGAAGCAGUGGGGAAGCCCGGAGACGACGACGACGCCGCCGACGCCGCGGGCGAUCCUCUCCUCCGCCGGCGGCGACUCGCACAAGGAUUUCGCCAAGGGGAUCAAGAAGCUGCUCAGCUUCGUGAGGAAGAGCAGCAGCAAGAACGGCGGCGACCAGCAGCAUUCCCCGGCGCGUCCGGCCGCCGGAAAGCCCGUGAUGGGCACGGGAUGGCCCGCCGCCGCGGCGGCGCCAGCGGUGACAGCUUAGCUCAGCUUGCUCCCGUAUUGAUGGCGCCAUGGCUGCGGCUAGCUUGGAGGUGGUUCGCCAUGACGCAGCCAGCUGGCAUCUUCGGAUGAGGCGUACGUGGCGCGCGUAGGCCACGCGACCCGUGACAAACGCCAUGGAAGGCAUCACCGCAUCACGCAUUGAGGUGGAUCGAGGAAGCUGAUCAGUGGCUACGUUUUCCGCUUGAUCUACGAAUUACGAUGAAGAGUGCCCGUUGAUCGUUGAGUGAUCUGUGUUUUGCUCAAGAAAGUUUGUUUUUUUGGUUGUUUGUUGUUGUGUGUGGUUUUGCACUCCGCUGGUUAAUUUGUACAUAAUGUUGCUUGGAAGAAUCUUUUGGUAAAUCUACUAUCACGGCCAAUGUUUCUUGGUA